CCGCAGCCCCUUCCCGCUGCCCUUGCCCUCCUCCCGCCGCCGCCAUCCCGCCCGCCCGCCCCGGCUCUCUCCUCCUCCCCUCCCCCCGUCCCGCUCCCUCCGCCCGCCCCGGAGACCCGCGCACCACCCGCCCUCCCUCCUCCCGCUCCCCCCGUCCCGUCCCCUUCCCCUCCUCCGCCCCAGCGAGGGAGCGAACGAACGCGUGAGCGGCCGGGCCCAGCCACCCCGCCAGGUUGAUUUUCCUUCCAGCGACCAAAGAUUUGACCACUUUCAAGCCUGACUUAACUGAAUACAGCUCAAGAUGGACACUGGUGUUAUCGAAGGAGGUUUAAAUGUCACACUUACUAUUCGCCUACUUAUGCAUGGGAAGGAGGUUGGAAGCAUCAUUGGGAAGAAAGGAGAAUCUGUAAAGAAGAUGCGUGAGGAGAGUGGUGCUCGCAUUAACAUCUCAGAAGGGAACUGCCCAGAACGGAUUAUCACUCUUGCUGGACCCACUAAUGCAAUUUUCAAAGCAUUUGCUAUGAUCAUUGACAAACUGGAAGAGGACAUCAGCAGCUCAAUGACCAACAGCACGGCUUCUAGCAGGCCCCCCGUCACUCUGAGACUUGUGGUACCUGCCAGCCAAUGUGGCUCUCUCAUUGGGAAAGGAGGCUGCAAGAUCAAGGAGAUAAGAGAGAGCACGGGGGCACAGGUCCAGGUGGCUGGAGACAUGUUGCCCAACUCAACUGAGAGAGCGAUCACCAUUGCUGGGAUUCCACAGUCCAUCAUUGAGUGCGUCAAACAGAUCUGUGUGGUCAUGCUGGAGUCUCCCCCAAAGGGUGUCACCAUCCCCUACCGACCCAAGCCAUCCAGUUCUCCUGUCAUCUUUGCAGGCGGUCAGGACAGGUACAGCAGCGGCAGUGCAAGCUACCCCCACACCGCCCCAUCAAUGUGCCUCAACUCUGACCUGGAGGGACCACCUCAAGAGGCCUAUACCAUUCAAGGACAGUAUGCCAUUCCACAGCCAGAUCUGACCAAGCUGCACCAGUUGGCAAUGCAACAGUCACACUUUCCAAUGUCUCAUGGCAACACUGGAUUCAGUGGCGUUGAAUCCAGCUCUCCAGAUGUGAAAGGCUAUUGGGCAGGUUUGGAUGCAUCAGCUCAAACUACUUCUCAUGAACUCACCAUUCCAAAUGAUCUGAUUGGAUGCAUCAUUGGGCGUCAAGGCGCCAAGAUCAAUGAGAUUCGCCAGAUGUCUGGGGCGCAGAUCAAAAUUGCCAAUCCAGUGGAAGGAUCUACUGACAGGCAGGUUACCAUAACUGGAUCUGCAGCCAGCAUUAGCCUGGCUCAAUAUCUAAUUAAUGUCAGUUUAGAAAGCGCUAAACCCUCCUCCCAGGCAGCCUCCGUCACGAUCCCCGACCACCUCAGCAUCAACCUCUCUCAACCCUCCACCCCUUCUUCUUCUUCCUCCUCCACCACCACCCCCUCGCUUGCGACAGCGGGGGUCUCCGACGCACCCUCCAGCCUCCCCAACCCUCUUCCGACCGCCCCCUGUGUCUCCAGUCUGCUUGGCAUGAAACCCGUCCCUCUCCUGGCUCUAAAUGUUGUGUCUGCUGCUAAGGGUGCCUCCACCACCUCAGCUGUGCCAUGUGUUACUAACAAACUGAAAACGGAAAAACAGAGAUUCUCUCCUUACUGAGUGUCUGCUUGUGGCCUUAGAGGAACAGCAGAUUGCUUUUCAGCAAUGGGGAUCCCAUAGAGGAGACUUGGAAGAGCUUUUUUUUAAAACUUCAAAAGAAAAGUGAGCUUUGUGAUUCCUUUAGGAUGGAGUUUCUUUUUGCUGGCAACCUCCGCUAGGUCAAAGACAAUUGAGCAAGUGUAUUAAUCAGUUUGAGUCCAGUAGUGAUCUUGAUUAUGUAGCUUGUAGCUGUUGCUUUAGUAGUUUUGUUUGCAUUGUUACAUGGAAUAAGGUGGGUGGGGAGGGAGCUGGGUGGGCAGGGAAUGCUAGGGUCCGUUAACGAAAUAACUCACUUGCAAUUCCUUGGUUUAAGCUGUGCAAAGAGGCUACUUUGGCCAAACUUGUCUCAAUGUCUGUCCUUGUAAUAAAGCUGUCACGGUGAGAACAUGCACAGAUGUGCUUGAAUUGGGACCGAACUCUGACCACAAGCCGGUUGAAUCUGACAAUGCACCCCCAGGCUAAACUUUUUUUUUUUGAAAAUUAUCUGCACUACUGCACUGCACUAACACCAUUUUAAGUAUAUAAACUUUUCUAUGGAGGCUCGUGAUACCUAACACACAAUUGUGAGGGUGUGAGCUGUAAUGGUGCUGGGGGCAGGUUCAGACCUGAAUAUUAUCCCUGCUCCUUUACAAACUGCCACUUGCCAGUGUACACAACUCACCUGCUCAGUAGAAAAAGUAAGAAAAAAUUCUUUGUGUGCACACCCUUCCCAUGUAAAAAACCUGCAGCAGACCUUUAAAAAGCUUGGGUGAUUCUGAUACCCAUCUUUCUCCACACCCAAGACUUUUCUUAGCCACUUAAGAGAGUGAGAGAACCUGGAGUGACAUAUACGCUGUAAUGAACAGCUGUGACAAUGCUGCGGGUGCUGCUUUCCUUUAUGACAUCUUCUAAAAUAGCACUUGAAAUCUGUUCAGCUUUCUGAUAUUUAGUCCUUAGAGGUGGAUAGUUCAGACACCUAGAGAUGUGGUUUUAGUAGCACCUAUCUCCUGAUGGCAAUACAGGCCCCUGACGUCUCCCAACAUCUGAAUGGAUGUUCCUUCCCUGGUGCAUGUAUUCUGUAUUGAGAGGUGAUAAUCUGUAGAGGCUAGGAAGUUGGCUUCACUUGUUCUGGUCUUUCAACUUGGGCUUUUGAGGCCAGCAGCUGCCUAUUUCCUCCACUAAAGGCUAUUUAAAAGCCGUGUGGGAAAACUGGGCAGACAAAACAUAAUGCAGCGGGAUGACAUGCUCUUGUGUUCAGCAUAGUACAUGUUCAUUCUUUCUGUCUGCACCUAAAUUCACUUGAUCUUUAGCCUGGGGUUGUCACAUGAACAUUACACACUUCCUUUUUUUUUAGCACUCUUAGACCUUCCAAAAACAUAAUAAUUCAGGCAACAUUGAAUAAUAAACGGUGACAGCUGGAACUGCUAAGAAUCUUGUGUUAUCCUUUGUAUUAAAAGAAAGUUACUAGAACAAGUUUGAAAUGAUGACUGAUGGCUUGAUUCUGGGGCUGCACUAGUUAACUCUUUGCAUCCAGGGAGCUGGGAGGGCCUGGCCUUAUCCUAUCAUAGGGGACGGGGAGGCCAUUAACUGGCUGACUUAAUGCAGUUCUGUCAAACCCUUUUCCCUUGAGUAGCAGAAGUCUUUUUUUAGUACUUUGUUUCUGCAGUUUGACUUUCACAAUUGUAACUUUUUUUAAAAAAAAACUGUUCUGUUCUGUAGUGUAACCACAUAAAGUAAAAAUUGUCCACUCUUAACCAAGUUUUUGGGCUGGCCGUCUUGUUUUAUAGUGUUCUGUAGAGGCUGAUUUAAUGGGCUUUAAUUUGUUCUCGACUAGCAAGUCUGGUUAUGUGUUGUCCAAAAGCUAUUGGUUCAUGCAGCACUACCACUAGCCAAUGGUGUUGAUGAUAUGGAGCUCCAGCUGGCAUCCAUGUGGGCCUGUAAUAGCCUUUAAUUUCUAUUAGCUCUAUGUUGAGAUAGGCAAAAAGUGUUCCACUGUCAAAUUUUAUUAUACCAGAGGUACACUAAGCAAAUAUUGAACUGAACUGGUUUGCCCAGUAAUACUAUGAAUGGUAUGUCCACUCUUGACAUCUUUUAGAAUCUUGCCCUUGCCUCCCAUAAAUUUUCACUCCCAUGUGCAAGUGGUUGCUGGGGGAUAAUGCAGAGCAGAUCUGCUUCCAAGGUUUGGGGCCCUUUCAGAGAAAUGCAAAUAAGUUUAUCUCCAGCAGAGACUCAUUCACGGAGCCUCUGAAACAUGCUGUUCUCUGUGUCAACCUGAUUACUUUUGUAGCCUCAUCCAUGGGUUCAUGACUUGUCCAUUUCUUGGCAGCAGAAAUCUUCUGUUAUAACGUGAUUUGCUAGUAUCUUGCUUCAAGAAACGUCAAGUAAACACUAUUUGCAGACACAAUGUUGGGCUUUAUGUGUUCGCUUUCUAGUGCUCCCAGUAAAAUUGUCAUUCUAAAAGAACCUUACGUAAAUUUCUCAUGGUUUGGCAGAAUUUAUGCCCUUUCCCCAAGAUACCCCUUCACAGUGAGACCCAACAGCAAAGGUUUGGUUACCUUAUCUAGUUGAGAGAUGUUGACCGUAGGCCUUCACAGCACACAUGCUUCUCUGCCCUGAAAUGGGCAUAAUUGGCAUUGAGGAAAGAGAUUGUUUUCUUUCAACUCCACUUCAAAAAAUCCUUCCCCCUGUUCUUUACAGGCAAGGGGGCAGAGAAUCUAUUUAACUGGUCAUGCUGCUAAAAGCCAGACAAUACAAAUGCACAAAUGCUGGUUCAUGGGGAAUAGAGUACCACAUCUUUUAAUUUGAGGAAAUUGCCUUUGCUCAUGGAUAUCUGCAGUUUUUGCAAAACUACACUUUGAGGGUAUGUGUGGGGUGGUGAGAUGGGGCAUCCUGCAGUCUCCCUUUCCAGUUCUAGAAGAACAGCGUACAAGCCAAACUGCAGCACAACAAACUGCACGAACUUUCCCAUCAUAAGCUAUUCUUAUUGCACCCUUGAAUGGUUCUACCCUGCCCAUUGAACUGUCAGUUUCAGCUCUUUGGGGCUUCUUGGUAGUCCUUCACAUUCUAAAAGAAGCAUAAGAAUAUUUAAAUGAUCCGGCCACAUGGGCAGGGUCUGAUCAUGAAGGUCUUUCACAGCGAUUGUGGCACAAUUCUUUGGGAAAGACCUGCACAAUUUGGCCUUCACCCCUGGGGUUGGGUCAUCUUAAAUAUUCUCCCAGCAGUGGAGGAGCUGCUUGUGGAUGCACACACCUUGCAGAGCUAGGAGAACCUAUAGAAAGGGCAGCUAGUUUGCCUUGGAACAUAAAAGGUAAGUUUCAUAUAGCUUGGCUCCACCUCUUGGAUAAGAUCUCAAGUUCUUAGAUACUUGAAUUGGUUGAAUUGUAGUUGGGCCUUGAAUGUUAAUUGAAUGUUGGUUUCUGUAGGCCCUUGUGGGGUCAGCUUGCAACGGUCCAAAUGUGGGAAGGGGUGCUAGUGGGAGUCCUCCUUUAAAGAACCUUGUGUAUUGGGGAUUUGUGCAGUCCCCUCCCCCCCACCCAUCCUCCCAUCAGCAAUGGACAAAAAUGUGCCUUUGUGUGUGUUAAUGCUGGAGUAGCAAAUUGAUUGCUGAAGCAAAUGUAGGUCCUCUUAAACACUGCUUACAAAGGUACGUGAGCAGUGAACUCACCUGAUCAGUUUGACGUGGCUUAGAAUAUGUUAAAACUUCAUAGGCUGAAUAAAGUAGCAGCCUGGCUUUGGGCUUUAACCAUCAGGCAACUGUAAAAGUUGUCUAAUUUAUAAAUCGAACCCUUUCCGGCUUGCCUUUUUAAUUAAUGAUCUGACUCCGGUUAACCUUUCCUGCUAACCAUGGAACUUAAUUGCCCAACCAUUGCAUACAUACUGGUGACUUCCUUCAGGAACAAGACAUUCAGACAUGCACGGCAAACUGAGCCACAGCUUGGAUGCUAGCAGCAACAGAGGCCACUAUGUUGUGCCUACUGCUAACAAAGCUCAAUGAGUGAAAGGAGUUCUGGUGACUGCCUGGCCCAGCCGAAAAGCAACAUUCAGGAGCCACUAAACAUUUAGGACCAUGUAAAAUUUACUGCAGCCGCACACUUUGAGGAUAAUAUAUUCCUUCUGGGCAUCUUAAAUGACAAAGGGGCCUUCCAGGCCACUUCUGAUCCACAGCUGCCUUCUAUAUUGCCUGGCAUGGUGUGGGCUGCGGGGCAUCAGUCUGUGAGUGAUGGGGGAACCAAAGGGCUUUUGUUCUGACUUGAUUAUAUCAUACAUUUGGGGUUUAAAAUAUUUGGGUAGGAUUUUGUCUUAACAGAUUUUUUUUAAAAAAGGCCUUUAACCUUUGUUCUCG